CUUCUCUUGUAAAUUUACAACAUGACCGGAUUCCGUGCUUGUCUGAUUCUGGCCCUGGCCAGCAGCGCCAUCGCUGGCUACGUCCAGGGUGGUCUUGGUUACGGCCUUGGCCUCGGUUACGGCAGCCUCGGCUACUCUGGCCUCGGCUACGGCCAUGGUCUUGGCUACGGUCACGCUGUUGGUAUUAGCAACGGCUUCGGCUACUCUGGUCUGACCGGCUACAGCGUUGCUGCUCCAGCCGUGAGCCGCACUGUGGCUACUUCCUACCAGGCUGCUCCAGCCGUUGCUACCUACGCCGCCGCUCCAGCUUUCGCUUCCUACCACGCAGCUCCAGUUGCCACCUACGCCGCUGCCCCAGCUGUCACCAAGGUCGCUACCUACCAGAGUGCUCCGGCUGUCGCCACCUACGCCGCCGCUCCAGCUGUGACCAGGGUAUCCACUGUUCACGCUGCUCCAGCUGUCGCCAGCUACCAGACUUACCACGCUGCUCCAGCUGUUGCCACCUAUGCCGCUGCUCCAGUUGCCACCUACGCCGCUGCCCCAGCCGUUACCAGGGUGUCUACCGUUCACGCCGCUCCAGCCGUUGCUAGCUACCAGACCUACCAUGCUGCUCCAGCUGUUGCCGCCGUCGCCCACGCUCCAGCUGUCGCCAGCUACCAGACCUACCACGCCGCUCCAGCUGUCGCAUCCUACGCCCACGCUGCUCCAGUCUAUGGAUACGGCGUCAGCUCCCUCGGCUACGGUGCCGGCCACUUCGGUUACGGACACGGGCUCGGCAGCUACGGUCUGAACUACGGAUACGGUCUUGGCACCUAUGGUGACUACAGCACCCUCCUCCGCAGGAAGAAGUAAACUCCACAUACCAGGCGUACCACCAUAGAACUCAGCGACCAGGAGUCAUUGAAGAAGGGACAUGUUCACUGCCAACGUUUGCUGUC